GGCGGCAAAGCGCCCCCCCGGGGGGAGCGGGAGCCUGGCGCCGCUCGGCCGGCGCCCAGCGAGCGGAACCGACGUCCCAUUGGGGACCGCCGGGGCGGACCGGGCCACUGCGGAGCCGGGGGAGAAGCGCGCGCUGCACCGACCCGGGUACCCCUACUGGCCGCGCGGAAUGGUACGGCCCGGCCGGAGUUAAAGCCGGGGAAGGCGGCGCGUCCCGAAGCGGCGGCGGUGCGAUGGGGCUGCGGGCGGGAGGAGCGCUCGCUAGGGCCGGCAGUGGCCAGGGGUCGCCGGAGGGUCCCGGGCGGAGCGGCGGCGCUCAGGGCGGCAGCAUCCACUCGGGCUGCAUCGCCGCGGUGCACAACGUGCCGCUGCGCGUGCUCAUCCGGCCGCUGCCGUCAGUGCUUGACCCCGUCAAAGUGCAGAGCCUCGUGGACACGAUCCGGCUUCUAGCGGCCGCCCACACACCUCGGCUUGUGGCCCCUUCCUUUGUCUUCAGAGCCAGCAAUAUCAGGUCAAUAUUCUCACGUCACAUCGGUGCGACCUCUUCUGCCUCCCUUUCCCGCUUUUAAGGACCCUGGUGUCUACGUUAGACUCAUCUGGAUCAUCCAGGGAGGACCCAGACAGCGUGCCCCCCAUCGAUGUCCUCUGGAUCAAAGGGGCCCAGGGUGGGGACUACUUCUACUCCUUUGGGGGCUGUCACCGUUACGCAGCCUACCAGCAGCUGCAGCGAGAGACCAUCCCGG